AUGAUAAAAGUCACUCUCAUAAUUAAGCAGUUGAAUAUUGAAUAGACUCAAUCUAUAUUAGGAAAUUAAAAAAUUGAUGCAAUUAUUCGUAAUUUAUUGUACAAAGCAGAAAUUGAUUUAUCAGUUUGGAACAAAUUUUAGUUUAAAAUAAAUCAUAAUAAUACUAUUUAUGGUUGUGAAAAGACUUUUGAUGAACUAAAAGUUUAAAAUCUUUCAAAAUUAUUCAUAAUAUUAAGUUAACCUAUUAUAAUUGAAAUUAUGAACAAAUAAUUUCCAUUUUUGUAAUUUAAGGCAGAUGCUUUUGAUCGAGUACAAAAAUUUUAAGAAUGGAUAAUUAAAAAUCAUUUGAGAAAUCAUCCAUAUGAUAUAAAACUUAUUAAUAAAACAGAUGGCAGAUUAAUAGAGAAGGAAACUUGGAUUUAAAAUACUAUUUUAGAUUAAAUUUCUGUUUUAUUGUAUAUAAAUGCUAGACAAAAUAUUAAAUGGUAAGAUAAUUAAUUUGUUCAAGAAAUUAAUAUAUUUUCUCCUAUCUCAAAGUUGAUUUAAAAUAUAAGGAAUUAAUAUAAAAUAAAUAAUAUGAUUUUAUUGUAAUACAAAAAUACUAUUCUUGAACCAGAAUAAUUAUAUUUUGAUUGCAAUAUUCCUCCUAAUGAACAAAUAAUAGUAACUAUUCCUAAUUAAUUUAUUUAUCGUAUAUCAUUUGAAAAAAUGAAAAAAGAAAAGUAAAUAACUUGUGACUCCAAUUAGUAGAUUAAUAAUCUUAUUAAAUAAUUAAGGAUUGAUUUUGGGAUAGAUAAAACAUCUAAAAUAUUUUUACAAUAUUAAUGGACUUUAGAUGGAAGAAAUACUAUUGCUUAAGAAGAUAUUCCCAAUUAUAGUUUGAUAAAUUUAGUAGAGGAAGUAUCUGAUGGAGAUUUUUAAAUUAUUCUAUAAAAUAUAGGUGAGAAUGCAAAUGUAAAUCAAAGAAAUCAAAUUGAAAUUGUAAAUAAAGAGACAACUCUUUUUGAGUUAUCAAAAAAAAUACAACAUGAAAAUAAUGAGACCGUUAUCUAUUUUUUAGAUUAAUAAAGUGAAAAAUUAGAUGAUAAAUUAAAAAUGGAUAAUUUAAAUAUUUAUUAAGGAGCAACAAUUAUGUAUAAAAUCAUAAAAAAAAAACCAUAAAUUUUUUAAAUUGAAUAAUAAUUAGAAUUAAAACAAUUUGGAAUUUUAAUUGUUAAUAUGAAUACUGUUAUCAAUAUUGAUUUCUACAUAUAGUAAUAAAUUAGUGUUUUGGCUGGAGUAUUGAUACAAAAAUUAGGUAUUCCAAAAAAUUAAGUACUUAAAUUUUCAAUUGGUACUCAACUUUUAGAUUUUGAGGAUUACGUCAAUAAAAUUUAAGAUGGUAAUUUUCAAUUUUUACAAGUCUAUUUAUUAGAAACAAUAGAUAUAUAUAUUUAAAAUUUACCAAAUAAUAGCAAUAGUAAGAAAUUGAUCACAGUUAGAUUGGAAGACAAAUUAAGAGAUGUAGCCAAAUAAUUAAAUAUUUAAGGAAGUUUUAAAAAAAAUGGUUAAUAUUUAGGUUUAGAUGAAACCUUCGUUUAAUUAUAAGUUUUUAAUAAAGAAACCAUUUUUUAUGAUAAAACUACACCAAACCCUGAUGAAGAAGUAUGUGUUCCUAUCCCUUUUACUAAUUCUAGUGUAAUUGUAAAUGCCAAAAUAGGAGGAGCAAUAUAUAAGUUCAAAUUAAAUUGUAACAUUACAUUUAAAAAUCUGAAGAAAUAGAUUUAUUAAUUAGUGAUUUAAGGACGUUUAGAAUAACUACAUUUAUAUUCUCUUUAUUAUGAGGAUUAAGAAUUAAAUGAUGAUCAUCUAGUAACUUCUUUGGAAAAAAACGAAAUAUAUGUUUAACUUAAAUUAAAGUAAAAUAUUUUUUGA